GAAAACAGAUGAGUCAACAAUUUCAUUCUUACCGCAUCCUAUGAAUGUUCUUUGAUGGAGCACUCCAGAAACAACGUGUUUAUUAAAAAAAAAUAUUGAAAAUUCGGUGGUUUCGUAAAAUUGUGUACUAUUUACUAGAUUUACUAUUAAUAUCUUGUACAGAAAUCAAAGCGGAAUUGAAUCUAUCAUACCAUACAUAGAAUCUCGGGUUUUGAACACAAAUUUACAGGGGAAAUUAUGUCUGGUAACGAAUUGACGCCUAAGGAAACACUGAACUUAUUCCUUCCCAAUGAAUUUUGUAAAACUAGUUCAAGAGAAAAGGAGUCUAAGAAAAUCAAAAAUUGUGUGUGAUCUAUGUAAUCCUUUUCCAUGUGACAUGAACCAUGUCUUUAAGGUCUGUAAGGUGUUGCACGAUCAUCUUCUAUGCCUGGUCUUGCCUGGUAAGCUUUUCCCAAAAGAAUAAUUAAUAAACUAACUCACUAUAACUCUACGAGAAGCCAAUGUCCAUCGAAUCUUAUUGUUAUCUUUUCUUCUUAUCUUAGGAUUUUUAACCAAUACUUUUAGGUAACAAAUACAUAUCUAUGUCUUAAACGAAUUGAGUUUUGGUUAUUGCUCUUAGCUUUAAAUUAUUGCUCAACAUCGUUUAGGGAAGAAUAACAGCGUGCUUUUAAUUUCUCGGAAAAAGUAAAUGUCCUUGGAAACACUAUUGAUUGAUUUUGGUUAUCUAAUAUUUUUUUCCUAUAAGCACAUGUUUUAUACUUAAAUUAAUGUGAAAUUCUAGCGUAACAUUUCAUAAGGGCGAAACUAGCAGUUAGCUCAGGGAGGUGGCAAUCUAGUUCUUCUUUCGAACAAGAAUCUUUUUCUUUUUUUUUCUAUCCAUCGGGAGAGACGUUUAUGGUGUUUUCCUCUCAAAGCAGUACGAAGUCUCAAAAGUCAAAAUUUCAACCAAUGAGGAAUCAGAAUGAUUGAUGUGUUAGUGUGCUAUCAACCAUACUUCUCUAGCAUUUGACAUUUAGUUCGGGUCCUUGACAGCAAAAUGUCAGGUUUGUUAUGGGCCCACAAAAUCGUGGGCCCGUAAUUUUGAUGGUUGUCAAAUUCAAUGACAAAGGAUAGGGAUGCCAUCUCCCUGAGUUAGCUCGAAACGAGAAAAACGCGUUUGAAAAUUCGGAACACCUAUUCAAAUCCUAUUUGAAAAAUCGACCACUUUUUGUUCAACAAAAUCAAAAAAUGUGCAUUAUAUUCACUAAUUGUUCGAUGGUUAUCAAGAACUUUAACUUUUUUCACUCAAUUUCAGAGAUUUUCGAGUUUCGCCCUUUUAUUGUUUUCGUUUUAAGUUACGUCUGCAAGUUUCGCCCAAUUGAUCGGCCGUUUUUGUUUUGGUUUUGAAGUUUCGCCCAUUCGUCCUACACGCAAAAACUAAUUUGGCCGUUUUGUCACACACGGUCAACUCAGUUACGCCUAUUGGCCCUACACGAAUAGAAAAAUUCACUCCAUUUUGAAUAGGCGUAACUUCACGUUCCAACGAAAAUGCAUCAACAGGAAGUUUCGCCCAAUUGAAUUUUAUCAAUUUUUUGAAAGUUUUAAGUGAUUUUAAGAUGAAACCGCGUUUGAUAGGUAAAGUGCAACCGCGUGCAUCCGGAAUGACCGUUAACUCGAUUUGUUUACAUUUGGCUGUUUCGCCCUUUUUAAAUGUUAAGCUAGAAUUAUUGAAAAAUUUGAUUACUUUUCCGCGAACAUUCUUCUAUUAAAGUGAAUAAAGUAGAAUAAUUCAAUUAAACGCUACUGUUAUAUGAUGUGAUCAACAAUCAUUUUUGCUUACAUUAAACUUUAUAGAUAUACUUACCUAAGUGAACUCCAGCAGAUUGAGAACACUGAAUUGACUGAAUUGCACCGGAUCCCUGCGAUAUGUUGGCCCUUUUCUAGCACAGACGCUAUUAGGAUCCAAACAAAAUAUUUGGUAAGAUUGUUGCAAGUGGUAAGGAAAACAAUCCGAGAAGAGUAUAAAAAAGGUAACUUCGUCUAAUGUGCAUAAACCGAUUUAUUGAUUCUAUGGAUUCGACAUUGACAGUCAAUAUUUUAUAAGUAAAGCAAGUUGUUAUGAAAAAGCUUUUUUUUCUAUAUUAUUUUCGUUUUGGUUUCGAAUAGUCGAACGUCGCCGUCGGUUCAAUAUUAAUGAUAAAAUCAAGGAACUUGGGACAUUGCUACCGAGAAAUUUGGACGAUUCUCGAAGCGACAUAAGCAGCAAAGAUGGACGAGUCAACAAGGGAACUAUCCUAAAAGAAACUGUCGAUUUCGUCAAAGAGCUCAAACAAGAGGUUUGCGCCCUGCGCCGCAACGGUGAUCUGUUGGUGGCUAUCAAGAAUGAAAAUGUGAUACUUCAACAUAAAUUAGCGGUAAUGUCUUAGCAUAGUAGGUUAUUAAGGGAUUUUAUUUUUGCCCCAAAAAAAAUACCUCAGAAGAUUUUUAAUUUGGGCUCGUAAUUGUAGAUUUUUUUUCAGGUUAAUCUUGAUUUAAUUUUUCAGACAAAGAUAAAUGUGAGUAUUGCUUCCAACUAUAUCGUAUCAGUUGAAACAAUUUUAAUAUUUUGUUUUUUAUUUUCGAUAACAGCAUGUAGGCAAAAAACCAUUGGGGAGGAAUUGUUCCGUUCUUAUAAAUUGUCAUAGCCGAAAAUCGACCAACAGCUGGCACCCACCAAGCAGGGUAUCGUGAGGGUCAAAUUCUAUCUAUAUGUUGAAAUGUGUGAGAACAAUUUGCAGUUGGAGAAUCACGUCAAAAGGUUGCAAAAUUUGAGAAAAGAACUUAGCCAUAUUAAGGAAACGGAUUGGCAGUACGAAUCGAUGGAUAAAUUCUUCGGCCAGAAUUAGCAACAACAAUCACUGUAGUGAAAAAGUGUCAUAAAUUAAUAAACAACAUAGACUUUUUUAAUUGCAAAGUGAGUGAUUACGUACAAAAUGUUUCGACUAGUAGGAAAGAUGAUGUACGGGCUCGUGACCACUAUUAGUGGAUCGAAAGAGACGGAUGAAGACAAAAUAAAACGUCUUCAAGCGCAGCUGGAUGACGAUGACGAAGUGGAUGAUGGCAGAGAAGCUAAACGCCUAGAAGACGAAUUGCAAACGGAAACAGUGAAACCUACUAAUUGCUUUCAAACAACAGGAUACGUAACAAGGGUUGAAGCUAAUUACAUCAUUAUCGACAAUACCAUGUGCGUCGAUAAAAAAGUUUUACAAGCCUGUUCUUUUCACCAUCAGUUGGAAGAAGGCGUAAAGAUAUCAUUUCUCGCUUACAAGACCUCAGAUGAUGAUCACCCAAAAAUUGUUAAGCUGGAGGAAAUUCUUGGUGAGAUAUGGGGAGAUGAAAAACCAAAUUCAGUGAAAGCUAAGGAAGAGGAUACACAAACUUUGGCUGGAAUCAGUCCCACAUAUUUUAGCUCGACCCAACGCAGCGAACAAGGAACUGUGAUUGCGAAACGUCUUGGACUUUUGACAGUGGAAACCGAUCAGGGCGAGCAUUCAAUCGAAAUGGACAACGUUAAACUGACAUUCAUUCCGGAGAUGGGUGAUUUUGUUGUGUUGGAUUGUGUCGUUCAGAACGAUGAAAAAUAUUUCGAUAUGCGGGGAAGUAUAUUGGAAGUUCGUGGUAUCACUCCCACACAGAUUGUACGAGGCACGGGUUUAGUAACCAAAGCCGAUUCUGAAGGUGGUGAAAUCAAAACCGACGAUGGGGUGUUUUUAUUCCUAGCAGAUGCCUGUGAAACGGCACAGAUUCCAGGCCCAGGCGAUCGGGUGGCUUUUGAAGCCGUCGAAAAUGCAAAGCUUACUUAUCGCUGUAUCAAAGUGUUGACCGAAAAAGCGGCCCCACGACAGUUGGAAAACAAAGCGGACGAUUUUAAAUCGAAGUACGAUGUUGAUUUCUUCGAAGAUAAACGAGGAAUAAAGAUAACCGAUAACCUAGAGGUAAAAUUGAAUAAUCUUAAAGAAAAACUAAAAGUUGAAGUAACUAUAAAGAAUACUGCUGAACAGCAACAUAAAAUUCUGAGGUCAACAUUUAUGUCAAACAAACAAACUUCGCAACUUCGACUGUUGAUACCGAAAUCAACCAAUGAAUCGUACAUUUUGAAGGCAGGAGACUCGAUCAUUUAUAGUUUUGAGAUCACUGCCAACAAUUUUGGCAUCAGUAAGGAAGUUUUUAUGUGGUCUUUCGGCGGUGGUUUCAAAAUUGCCAGGUGUUUCACCAUUAAAGUAGGAGAUGACGAAACCUUGAAUGUUGCGAUUAACAAUGAGGGAACUUCAGUCGCGCGCUCAGCAGCUGGACGGCAAAAGUUGGCUGCCUGGAAUGUAUACAAGUCUGGCGGAGAGGUAACACCAGGCCAGAGGAUUUCAAAAACGGCGAACUUCAUUGACAUUAAAAUUGGUGGCUACCAUGUUCCUGACGAUCUAAAGCAGAUACUUCUGAAUCCAGCCUCCAAUAGAAACUUGAUUGAUGAAGAGCUUGAUCAAACUCAACGAUGCCUCCAAAAAUCGUUAUGUCCCGAAAAUUAUAAACCGCUUCUUAAAACCUUUCUGUGGAUGGAGGAUGUUCAGUGCGAAGUUUCGAUUACCAGGUUUAACAUGGACCGAGCACAUUUUACACGUGAAGACAAUUACAUGGCUUUACGUAUAGAAAAUAUUGGCGAAUCACGCCCUUCAUUAAUUCCGGGCGAUAAACUGAUAGCAACUACUCCAUGGAUAAAUCCCGGCGAAACUGGGAAUGGUGCAUUUGUACAUAAAGUGAUGAAGCACCGUAUUCUGGUGAAAUUCAGCGAACAUUUCCACGAGAAAUACAAUGGGGAAGAUUACAAAAUUAUUUUCCAACCUACACGGGGUGCAUUCCAAAAGCAGCAUCACGCCAUCAAUUGCGUAACGAGCGCUAUGGGUAUGGAUUAUUUGUUCCCGUCCAAGACAGUUUUACGUGAACCAUGGAUGGAUUUGAAGAUAAACAAUAAUGGUAACUUGGUGACUACUGAUUUUGACAAUGAAUUUCCAUGGUAUAACCCGAAUUUAAAUGAAAUUCAAAAAGACGCGGUAAAGAAUAUUCUCCGCUCGGAAGCCAGGCCGUUACCGUAUGUUAUUUUCGGGCCACCUGGAACAGGAAAAACUAUGACCAUCAUAGAGUUGAUUCACCAAAUCGUUAGAAUGUCUCCUGGCAGUAGAAUUAUGGUAGGAACUCCUUCAAAUAGUUCUGCUAAUCUCAUUACUGAACGACUAAUUGAUAGCAAAGUUCUUAAACCUGGAGAGUUUAUCCGGAUAGUUGGUUUAAAUUAUAUUGAGCAGGAGUUGGUUCCAGAACAUCUUGCACCGUACUGUGGGACGGUGGACAUUGCCUCUGAGAGGACAGUGAAAGGUGAAGUGAUUAUAACAGAGUCAGGUUUGAUGCACCGCCUCCAACUGAAACAUCUCGGUAGACACAGAAUCACUAUUGGAACAUGUGUCACAUUAGGAACACUUAUGCACUUCCGAUUUCCAAGAAACCAUUUUACCCAUGUGAUCAUAGACGAAGCCGGCCAAUGUUUGGAAACUGAAACCCUCAUUCCGAUGACUUUCAUAAGUAAAAAUUGUGGCACAGUUGUACUUGCUGGGGAUCCCAUGCAGUUGGGUCCGGUUGUAAUGAGCUCACAUGCGGCUGAUCGUGGAUUUGGUACUUCAAUGCUGGUGCGUCUUAUGGAAUCAACCCUUUACAAGGCUGAUAAAACCCGUUUCCCGAGAACCGGAGGGUACAAUCCUAGAUUGGUGACCAAGCUGCGUUACAACUAUCGCUCAUUGCCCUGCAUACUGAACCUUUACAGCGAGUUGUUUUAUGAAAAUUCGCUGAUAGCUCGGGUUCAUCCGCAAGGCAGUACAGAAGCGGAAUUUCUCGCUAGUAUAAGUGACAUUUUACAAGAACCAUCGGAUCAAAAUGCAACCAACGGAUUCAUAUUUUGGGGUGUAAAUGGAGUUAACAAACAAACACCUGAAAGCCCUUCUUGGUUCAAUCCAUCGGAAGCGAAAAGCGUUUUUAAUUUUCUCCUCAAACUGUACAAAAAGCAAGUUCGUCCAGAGCAAAUUGGGAUCAUUACCCCGUAUCAGCAACAGGCAAAAACGAUACGUCGCAUCUUGGACGAAGGUAACCUACUGAAACCGAAAAUCGGUAGUGUUGAAGAAUUUCAGGGGCAGGAGCGGAUGGUCAUUCUAAUCUCAACCGUACGUACUUCUAAAUCACAAUUGUUGUCGGAUCAACAACACGCACUCGGCUUUGUUGCAAGUCCUAAACGCCUUAACGUAGCGAUAUCGCGUGCCCGGGCACUUUUGGUAAUUUUUGGUAGUCCACAUCUUUUGAGUGCCGAUAAACAAUGGCAGAAGUUGCUUUUGAAGGCAAUCAGCAACAACAGUUACCGCGGAUGCGAUCUUCCAGAGCAUUUGGUUCAAGAACGCGUAAUAGAUGAAAAAGACUUCGACGAUUGAAUCGUGUAAUAAUUCGUGUAACACACAAUCGAACUUCCCCCCAGAUUCAGAAACCAUAAAAUAUAUUGUUAAUGCGUAGUUUUAUUUUCCUGUGUUAAAAAAAUAAUUUAGGAUCAGUACUCAGAAAGCUGUAUUAUCUUUGUGAAAUAAUUCAAUAAACCUUACAUUAAAAUGCUUCUUGAAACUAUUGAAAUAUAUGUUUGUUUAAUUUUAA